AUGGAUAUUUCUCAAAUCUCAGAUCAAUUGGAUCCAUCACCCAAAAGAUUCCCCGAUUGCUGCCUGGGUAUUUCCAGUACCUUGCUCACUUACCUGGGUUCAAACCUCCCAAAGACACCGGCUUUCACCCUCUCAGUCGGCAGCGGGUCAGGCCUCCUCGAGGCAUUAAUCGUGCGUUGCAAUGAAAAUGUAUCAGUGGAAGGAGUUGAGGUGAACUCGACCGUUAAUCGAUAUAUUGCCGAGGAAGCUAUGAACAUCGUUGGUGGCGGGUGGGGUCUUUGUUCUGAUGCCCAGAUGGCCUCGGCGUGGAUGUUUGUCUACCCGCGUGAUCCGAAAUUAAUCACGAAAUACAUGGAUACAUACGGUGAUCAAGCUGUUGAGUCUAUCGUUUGGCUCGGUCCAAAGGCUGACUGGCCUGUCUUUGAACCAUGUUUUCGCCAGUCUUCCUUCUCUGAGUUGAGUUUUCUCGACGCGGGGAUAGCCCCGUAUGAAACCGCGGUCAUUGCGAGGAAAGCAUCAUAA